AUGGCCGCCGAUCAAGCUUUGCUCGAGACAAAGUACGAGUUCGUGAAGCUUAGUGUACGGCAGUCGACCAAGAUAUCAGACCGUACCGCAGCUAUCAUAUCGCGACUUACAGCAGAGUCGCCAGACGGCGGUAAGCCGUCGAUAAUAAGCUUAACAGCUCCGUCGAAAGCUUCCAGCAAGCUCAUCAGCAUCGUGGAGAUCGCGAAGCGUGCGUUGGCUUCGGCUGGCCUUAAAUGCUAUCAAUACAACGCGCUGUCUUCGCAAGUGAUUGAUGUUUUACGUGAGCCGAAGAAGACGGCCAGGACAGCCAACAACCCGGCUGGCGUCGAAGAAGGCGAACCUGAGUCUGACGAUGCCUUCGAGACCAUGGGCGCCUUACUAGGCGACACCAAGAAGCGCAACGUUCCCGUGCUCACCAUCCAUUUAUCACGGACACCGAUCAAGGAGCUCCGGGCACAGUUCGGGGAACAAAGAGCGUGA